CUUCAAACCCAACUCUCAAUCAUCUCUCUCCCCCCUCUCUCUCUCUCUGUCUCUCUCUCUCUUUCAAACCCAACUUUCAAUCACAAAAUUAGCUGAAUGGGCUUCUUCGAGCGCUCUUCCCCUGUUUCCUCAACCACCCUCAAAUGGCUAGGCUUUGUAGCUGCCGUCUGGGUCCAAUGCAUCUCCGGCAACAACUACACCUUCUCCAACUACUCCGAUGCCCUCAAGUCCCUAAUGAAUCUCACCCAGGUUGAGCUCAACAAUCUGUCGGUGGCCAAGGAUGUGGGCAAGGCUUUUGGGCUUCUCGCCGGCCUUGCUUCCGAUAAGUUCCCCACCUGGUUAAUUCUGGUUAUUGGGGCCGUCGAAGGGCUUGUUGGAUAUGGUGCGCAAUGGCUUGUUGUCAGUGAGAAGAUCACUCUUUCUUAUUGGCAGAUGUGCAUAUUUCUGUGCAUGGGAGGCAACAGCACGACGUGGAUGAACACAGCGGUGUUAGUGACCUGCAUAAGAAACUUCCGCAAGAACCGGGGGCCAGUCUCGGGUAUACUCAAGGGCUACGUGGGCCUCAGCACCGCCAUAUUCACCGAUCUAUGUGCCGCUCUCUUCUACGACGAUGCCGCCUCCUUCCUGAUCAUGCUAGCCGUCGUCCCCUUAGGAGUCUGCGUCAUCGCCGCCUUUUUCCUCCACGAAUCCCCUCCCGUGGCCACAUCCGCCGAAGAGCAAGAGGAGUCCCGUUACUUCUGGGUCUUCAACAUCGUGGCCGUCGUUGUCGCGGUCUACCUCCUGUCCUACGACUUCAUACGCAGCCCCAACACGGUGUUCUCUCAGGUCUUCGUGGCCGUACUGUUGGUUCUCUUGGCCUCCCCGCUGGGAAUCCCGGUUUACUAUUUCUUCAAGAACCGGUCAGGACAGGGUACGGACAUCGAGGGACAGGUUCGAGAACAUCUGUUGGUAAAGGAGGAGAAGGAAGCGACUGAGAGUCAGGAUAAGGUGGAGGUGGCGGCGAAGGAGGAGAAGACGAUGCCGGUGAUCGGAGAGGAGCACUUGGUUUUCGAGGCAUUGAGGACCGCUGAUUUCUGGAUAAUGUUUAUAUCGUUUUUGUGUGGAGUGGGGACUGGCUUGGCGGUGAUGAACAAUAUGGGACAGAUUGGGCUGGCCCUUGGCUACACCGACGUGUCCAUUUUCGUUUCGCUCACUAGCAUUUGGGGGUUUUUCGGCCGAAUCAUUUCGGGUACCGUUUCGGAGCAUUUCGUCAAGAAAGCUGGUACACCAAGACCUCUUUGGAAUGCAGCUUCUCAGAUUGUAAUGGCUGUCGGUUACGUUCUUAUGGCCUUGGCUGUGCCUGGUUCCCUAUACAUUGGUUCAAUCGUUGUUGGGAUUUGCUAUGGCGUCCGUCUGGCCAUUACUGUCACAGUUGCGUCCGAACUAUUUGGCCUAAAGUAUUAUGGUCUCAUCUACAACAUUCUAAUCCUCAACCUUCCUCUUGGGUCCUUCCUCUUUUCCGGGCUUCUUGCCGGCAUAUUAUACGACAUGGAGGCUACUGCCACUACCGGAGGAGGCAAUACCUGUGUUGGAGCACAUUGUUACAGGCUAGUGUUUGUGGUGAUGGCUGUUGCUUGCAUUGUUGGGUUUGGUCUAGACAUUUUGUUGUCAGUUCGGUGCAAGGCUGUUUAUGCCAAGAUUUGUGCCCGCAAUAGGUCGAAGAAAUCCUUACCCAAUUCCCGAAGACGAUCUGUGAAAGAUUGAAAGGGCAAGAAUUUGGAAGAUUGAUAGGGCUUGUUUCUUCCCUACCUUUUUGUUUUGUUGAAAGGCAAGCAAUAUUUCGGUUUGUCAUUCUUUCGAAGCAACAUUAUACCCUAUAUAGAGUUUGGUAUGUGUCCCUUACAUGUCUGUAAUUUCAUUUCGAGGUUCAGAAUUAGAGUGUGGUAGGUCAACAAUCGACCAUUGAGAGUUCGGGCUCAAUGGGUUGCUUUUGAUACAUUGGGCAGCGCAGAGCAUGAUCAUAGUAAUGGGCUCUCAUUUUCUAAUAGCCUAUAGUUGGGAGGAUUUCUUACCAUGUCGUAUACGUGCAAGUGCAAAAGCUCCACGAUGCUACGUACCAAGUGCCGGGGAUUAAUUGGGCCCUCGGGUGUUUCUUCUCAA